AUGGUAGAGAAUUCGAAUUGUCCAAUGUGUGAAGAAGGAAAGCAAACCAUCGAACACAUCCUCCUUUUUUGCCCACCAGCUCAAGCAACUUGGAGAGCCUCGAUGUUCAACUACACUCCUUCCCCUAAUGAUUUCCAAUCCUUAUCCGAUUGGUGGCUGAAAAUCAAGCAACUUCUUCAGAACUCGGGAGCGAAUACAGCAAUGAGUUGGAUUGCUUGGACGUGCUGGGGUAUUUGGAAGGCGCGCAAUGAGUGGAUGCUCGAAGGCCGUGAUGAGGACCCGGUGAACAUAUGGAACAAUGCGCUCAAAGGAUAUCACAACUUCAUGGAAAAUAUGCUCCCUCCAAAAGCAUCAGCCAUUACACUAAUCUGA